AUGGCAGUGCCGAAGAAUAAAAGGAGCAAGAGUAAAGUAAAGCAAAGAACUAAUAUAAUUUUCUUCGACCAACUUUGCGGUAACUGGAGAAGACGUAGAGAAUGGUUUUAUAGAAGAUUAGCGAUAGAGAAAUUUCUUCCUAGUACUUGUGAGCCAAAAUUUAGCUUAAACAGGCCCGUUUUAUUUCCUGGAUUCUGGUCAACGUAUUUCUUACACAUUAUAAACACUAUUACUAUACGACUAGUUAUAAUGAGGAUUUUUAAAGGGUUUGUAAAGGUUUUACCUGAUUUUCAAACCAAACACUUCAAUUACAGACAAUUUCGUUAUCUUGGACAAGCUCCUCAAGGGAAAAAUAUAGAAAAUUUUGAAUCAGCUUGGGAAGAGGGCAAGAAAUUAUUUUACCGGCAAUCAUUAAGCUACAACGAGUUUGCAAAACGCGUGGAGUGUUUGCGUUUAUUUCUUUUUUGGGGACUUGUUACUGGACUUGCGUUUGACAUUGCCUUUCGGCCUCCGAAGAGUCGCUAUUGGUUCACUUGGAACCUCCGUGAACGCUUCUCAAAGCCUAAACACACUUCUCUCCCUCCUCUUCAAGAUGACAACAUGACUGACGCCACUAGGGAAUAUAACAAAAUUUGUAAUUUUUAA